AGUUUGCCGAAACGGGCACCGGAAUCGUAGUCAGGACUGAAAAAAAUAAUGUGUCAAUUUUUGAGUGUUCAUUUCAGUGACAUUUCAAAUCGAUCUUAUUUUUGUAUCUGACUGGCAUUAACUAUCUACUGGUACUAACCGAAGUAGGCAUAUAAAAACACCUAUUAAGGAAUGGAUUUCGAUAGCCCAGAUGUUAUGAAGAGUUUUCCAGGUUUAUAUGCUUCAGAAUUAAACAAAAAAGGCACCAAUGAUAGCGACUAUAGUGAUGAAGCUGAGAAAGGAAUGAAAAAAGAGACUUCAAUAGGUAAACGAAAGGACAAAAAAGACAAGAAGGAAAAAGAACAUGGUUAUGCAGCUCUGGAGGGGGAGAGUUCAGAUGAAGCUAGUAAAUCAAGGCAUGUAAAGAUGACUCCUAACCAUCACACUUAUUUGGAACAACUUAUCCGGGCGCUUUACGAGAAACUUCCUGAGAAAGAACUUAUAACUAUGGCCGAUGGAAUGAUGAAAGGAAUUGCAAAUACAGACGUUUGUUCUAUUAAAACUGGUCAAAAAGAAAAUCGCUUAGAAAAUAAAAUUGAGCAACUUAUUCAAAAACUUGAUGAAUCUGUUACCAGAAGACGCAGCCCAGUUUUUGAUGGAGAACAGUCUAGAAAGGAAAUUAUAGACAAAAGAAAGGAUAAGGAUAAAAAAGCUGAUAAGAAAUGUGAAAAAGAUAAGGGAAGGAAAACUAAGCAUUCAAUCGAAGAAGCAAUUGAUAUUUCUGAAGCUUUGCCUAUAUUUGGAGUGAGUUUAGAUAUAUCGGUAGAAAGAAGUCGAUGCCAUGAUGGAUUAGAUUUACCGCUGCCAAUUAGAGAUUGCAUUGACUACGUGGAGGCAGUGGGUAUGUCAUUUGAAGGUGUGUAUAAAGUAAGUGGUACAAAGGCUAAGGUUUCGCAAUUAAGGAAAAUGUACAACCAUAGGCAAAAUGUCAGAUUAAAUGAUUAUGACGUACCUACAGCUACUAGUCUACUUAAAAUGUUUUUGAGAGAUCUACCUGAACCAAUCUUCACCAAUGACUUAUUGAUUCGCUUUGAAGAAGCCGGUGCCAUUUUGAAUUUCAAUACAAGGGAAAAACACCUAAGAAUAUUAAUUGAUCACCUACCUCCCUUGAACAAGUUACUUUUGUCUUGGUUAAUUGUACAUUUGAAUAAUAUUUCUUUAAAAGAAAAACAAAAUAAAAUGAACAAACAGAAUAUUUCUGCAGCAUUAAACCACACGUUUCAUGUAUCGUCAAGGUUAUUACAGGCACUUCUGCACCACUGUCAAGCUUUAUUUCCGAAUGUCAUCAUUAUAAAAUAUAUUCCACCCCUUAGUUCAGGAAUGCAGCUUCCCGAUAAGCCCAGUCUGUUAGAACGUGAACUUGAGAAACAAGAAUCCUUGUUAUAUCAAAUCCAUAAAGAAAUGAAUGUUGGUUGCAUUCCAAAGGAUAGGGAAGAAAAGUUGUGGGAAGUGCAAAGAAUAAUAACUCAGUUGAAGAGGAAACUAAAAAUAGUACAAAAGAAUAAAGAGGUACCGGAAAACACUGAGAAGACUAAUUUUAAAGGGAAAAAAAACAAAGAUUAUGUCGAAUGCCUAGACAAUUCAGAACCUAACUGCAGCGACAGUGCUGAAGUUCCUUUUAUUUUCGAUAAUUUAUCUGCGCAACCUCAACCAUGUAUAAAAAGUGCCAAACCUGAAGUGAGUCACUCAGAACCUUCCAAGGAUUAUACAAAAAAGCAAAUGGAAAGUUCUGAGGAGAUGAUUUUGGAAAAAAAUGAUUUCUUAUUUGAUGAUGAUAUAGUAUUACUCACCUACAAGAGAAAUGGAUUGCUUCAUUUGAAAGAACAGUUGUCGAGAGAUAUACAGAAUGAAAAAAAAGAAAUUGAUAAUCUGAAGACAAUUAUUGAGUCAACUAAUCAUGUUUCAAAACAAACUGUUCCAAAAAAAGAAUGUUUAAAUGAAGUAAUGGAUCUUCUCCUGAAAGAAAACCAAAUUUUAGAAAUAAAAAAAAUUAAUUUAGUUAGACAAAUCAUUGAGCAAAAGGAGAUAUGUAUAGAAUUGAGUGCUCAAUUGAGAUUAGCUACAAAUGACAAUAUUCCUUCUCAUAUUUGAAAAUUAUUAUCAUUUUUUAUUUUUCUGCUUUUGACGAUACAAAAAUCUGAUUCCAUUCUAGUACAUAUAAAAGCUGAAAAAAUGUUUUAAAUAAAAGUUGAUAGUUGUUCUUAUGGUCCAUAUUUCAGUUACUAGUUGACUUGUUUAUUGAAAUUUCGUAAUUUUUUUUUAAAUAAUGAAAUAAUGUCUGAGUUUGUUUGUACGGGUUAUAUAUAAUACCUGUUGACUUUAUUUCAAUUACUCACAGGGUAUGAUUUUUGCAAUGUUAUAAAGCAGUCCCGCCCUUCAUUAGCAUUGAGAACUUCUGUAUUUCCUUGUGUCACUGUGUUGAAAUAAUUCAUGAAAUUUUCGUUUAUUUCUAGUUAACUUGAGUAUUUCUACCAUGACAUUACUAUACAAUUUUAUGUUAGAUGUUAUAGAUUUCUUAUUCAAUAAUUAGCGUCUGAAUAUUCACUUAAAUUUCUAGUCCAUGAUGUAUGUUCAUUUAUGUCGUGACAUGUGUCGGUUUUAGUACAUUCUAAUUCUGCUUUACAGAUUAUCAUUGUAAGAAUUGUGAUAUUUUAAAAAAGAAUAAACUUUCUAUUGAUAUAUAA